GGAAAACCCCCGCGCUAUAAAUCCACCACCUGAUUGUGUAGCCGUCCUUUCUACAAGUGUGGUUGUCUUUUGAAGUCCGAGGUCUAGGCUACACAGUAGCUUUGACUUUCCACUAACCAUGGCAGACCAGGCUUUUGUGACUCUGGCCACGAAUGAUAACUAUGCAAAAGGAGCAAUGGUGCUCGGCAAAUCUUUGCGGAGCCAUAAGACAUCCAGGAAGCUGGUGGUGCUCAUCGGCCCGCAUGUGACUGAGCCUACCAAGGCAGUGCUCAACAGCAUUUUUGAUGAAGUAAGGCUGGUGGAUGUGCUGGACAGCCUUGACUCUGCUCACCUGGCUAUGCUAAAGAGGCCAGACCUGGGGGUGACCUUCACCAAGCUGCACUGUUGGACCCUGACGCACUUCGCCAAAUGCGUCUUCAUGGAUGCAGACACGAUGGUGUUGUCAAAUGUGGAUGAUUUGUUUGAUCGGGAGGAGCUGUCAGCCGCACCGGACCCUGGAUGGCCGGACUGCUUCAACUCUGGCGUGUUUGUGUUCCGGCCUUCUAAGGAAACCUACAACAAACUCCUCGCAUUCUGUACAGAGCAUGGCAGCUUCGACGGUGGUGACCAGGGAAUUCUCAAUGGCUUUUUCAGCAACUGGGCAACAGCUGACAUUACGAAGCAUCUUCCUUUCAUCUACAACCUCAGCAGCAUAGCCAUCUAUUCAUACCUUCCAGCUUUCAAACAGCCCAGGUACGGUGCCAAUGCGAAGGUGGUCCAUUUCCUGGGGCCAACCAAGCCAUGGAGCUUCACGUAUGACACCAAAGGGAAAUGCCUCAAGGGUGACAUCCACGAUUCCUCUACACACGCCACCUACCUUCUGAUGUGGUGGGAAAUCUACUCCGUGGAUGUGCUGCCAAUGCUGUUCAAGGAGUUUGGAGACCAGCCCUUCCACACUGGAUGCGUUUCAGGUGAAAAUGGCAGUAGGUCAUCGGACGCCGCUUCCCACAACGUGCCUGCCAUCUCCUCAGAAGAGCGGAAACAGCGCUGGGAGCAAGGCCAAGCAGACUACAUGGGAAUAGACUGUUUUGAAAACAUACAGAAAAAGCUGGAUUCUUUCCUCAAAUAAAAACGGGGAUAGAGAGAGGGUAAUAAAAGGCUAUGCAGGUUGCUUCCACAAUUGUUUGUGUGUGUGUGUAGUCUCUAUGGAAAUAACAGUCAAUGUCAUCUGCUUAUGGACAUUUUAAAAUUCAUCUUGAGAAAAAAAAAAAAAAAAAGUUCACCUCAUUCUGAAUCCAACCUCCUGCUCCCCUCCAUCUUUUUAUGUUAGAACCCCAACAAUGGCUUGGACUUGUUGCAGUUGUAGGUGAGAUGGGUUUUUUUUUUUUUUUUUUUUUUUUUUUUUGUGUAGUAGCAGCUCAUUCUAAUAGUGCAAUGCUGCAUUUAGAAUGUCUUUCUGGCUCUAUCCCUUUUGUAUCUUCUCUAGCAAGCUGAAUGCCACACACUGAACCACACAUGUAAAACUACUAUGAAGGUACUCUAACAUUAAACCUGUUGUCAUGGAGGCAUUGUGAGAUUGAACUUGUGGGACUUCAAGAAGAGGCAGUCUGUUGAAGCAUCAGGUUCUCAUUGGAACCAUGUUCAAUUGGCAUCACGUGGCUAGAAAAGUGCCAUGAGGAAUUUAUUUUGCACUUAAUUUUCCCCUUCAUAGACGAAAGGGUGGGAGUCAGGCAUCUGUUCCAUCGAACAAACUCAGAUAUUUCUGUAUAUAUUUUACGUUUGCAGUCAGUUAUGAAAAAAAAAUACAUUGUAGCAAUUAAAAAAUUUUUUGUAAUGGUGUUUGCUACUGAUUCUUCUCUCAAGCCUUUCUUUUCACCCCAGGGACGAAAUGAAAUCAACAAAGAAAAGUUUUGUUGCCUUUGCUUGAUGCACUGUUUACAAGACACACCAUAUGCUGCCAAAACACUUUAAAAGCCUCCACUCAUUUUCACAUGGACUGUAGGAAUACACUUGUAUUCUACACAGUCCAGAAAUGAGUGGGGGGGGGUUCACUCCUCAUUGUCUUAGUUGCAGGCUGUUCACUCCUGGGAAAGUGAGGAAGUGUGUUGUUCUGCGGGUUUUUUCUACUACUGUAGAUCACUGUGUAUGACGCUGCACUCUAAUAAGCUGUUUUCUCAUUGUUUUUUCUUAACUUGAGCGAUUAUGGUAUGUAACGGCACUGGCAUAAUUCUUUUUUAGCAGCAAUAAAGUAGUGACAUUUUAAA